CCUAUGUAGGUUGGCGCUGGCCGCUGUCUCCUCCGAGUGGCCGCCGCCCUUCUGCGUCCCGAGCCCAGCGCCUUCUUCCGCGCUUAGCCGGCGCCCGCAGGCUCCGGGUCCUCUUAAAUGUUUUUUUUGGAGCCUUAAAGAUGGAAAUGACAAGCAUGUCCCUGAAACGUGGGUGCCUUGUUGUGGAAGAUAAUGAUGGCGUGGCCCUGCAGGAGGAGACAAAGAAACAGAAGGUCUCAGAGUGCUAUCUGACCAACAGUCAGGAUGGGGUAGAAAAUGACGGUCUACACAGCAGUGAGGAUGAGCCUGGACCUCCAGAAGUUGAAGGUGCCAAGAAAGAUGAAAAGAAUUCCAGUGCUCAGGUGCGAGAGGAGGAAGAGGAGGAAGAUGGUCUUUCAGAGACAGGGGAAGAGGAGGAGCCCGAGAGUUUUGCAGAUAUGAUGAAGCAUGGGCUCACAGAACUUGAUGUAGGCAUCACGAAGUUUGUGAGCCCUCAUGAGGGCUUCUCAGGGAUCUUAAAAGAAAGAUAUUCUGACUUUGUUGUUCAUGAAAUUGGAAAAGAUGGACGGAUCAGCCAUUUGGAUGACUUAUCUGUUCCAAUGGACAAGGAGGACCCUCCAGAAGAAGCGCUCACUGUUUUGACAGCUGAGGACAAGCAGCAGUUGGAGGAGCUCCAGCUUUUCAAAAAUAAAGAAACCAGUGUUGCCAUUGAGGUCAUUGAGGACACCAAAGAAAAAAGAACCAUCAUGCAUCAAGCUAUUAAAUCUCUCUUCCCAGGAUUAGAGACAAAAACAGAGGAUAGAGAAGGCAGGAAAUACAUCGUAGCCUACCAUGCAGCUGGCAAAAAGGCUUUGGCAAAGGUCAGAACUGCAGCAGAUCCAAGAAAACAUUCUUGGCCAAAAUCUCGGGGAAGCUACUGCCACUUUGUUCUAUACAAGGAAAACAAAGACACCAUGGAUGCCAUCAAUGUAUUGUCCAAAUAUUUACGGGUAAAACCAAACAUAUUCUCAUAUAUGGGAACCAAAGACAAAAGGGCCAUCACAGUGCAGGAGAUUGCUGUCCUCAAAAUAAGUGCACAAAGACUCGCCCACCUGAAUAAGUGCUUGAUGAACUUCAAGUUGGGUAAUUUCAGCUAUCAGAAAACUCCUCUGAAAUUGGGAGAGCUUCAAGGAAAUCACUUCACUGUUGUUCUCAGGAAUAUAACAGGAACUGAUGAGCAAGUACAGCAGGCCAUGCAAUCUCUGAAGGAGACUGGCUUCAUUAACUACUAUGGCAUGCAAAGAUUUGGGACCACAGCUGUCCCUACGUACCAAGUUGGAAGAGCUAUUCUGCAGAAUUCCUGGACAGAAGUCAUGGAUUUAAUACUGAAGCCCCGUUCUGGAGCUGAAAAGGGGUACUUGGUGAAAUGCAGAGAAGAAUGGGCCAAGACCAAAGAUCCAGCCUCUGCCCUCAAAAAACUACCUGUCAAAAGGUGUGUGGAAGGUCAGCUGCUUCGAGGACUUUCAAAAUAUGGAAUGAAGAAUAUAGUCUCUGCAUUUGGCAUAAUACCAAGAAAUAAUCGCUUAAUGUAUAUCCAUAGUUAUCAAAGCUAUGUGUGGAAUAACAUGGUGAGCAAAAGGAUAGAAGACUACGGGCUGAAACCUGUCCCAGGGGACCUUGUUCUCAAAGGAGCCACAGCCACCUACAUUGAGGAAGAGGAUGUUAAUAAUUACUCCAUUCAUGAUGUGGUGAUGCCCCUGCCUGGUUUUGAUGUUAUCUACCCCAAACAUAAAAUUAGUGAAGCCUACAGGGAAAUGCUCACUGCAGACAAUCUUGAUAUUGACAACAUGAGACACACAAUUCGAGAUUACUCCUUAUCAGGUGCCUAUCGAAAGAUCAUUAUUCGGCCUCAGAAUGUCAGCUGGGAUCUGAGAAUAUGGCAUUUUAAUAAAAAUGGAGACAUGCCAGUACCUGUCUACAUCCUGUAUCUCCUCCAAGAAAGAUGGAAGGUCACAGAAGAACUUCUACCUGGAAGCUUGUUUUAAAUGUGGCAAAGCCAGACAUGGAGCAGACAACUGCUUUACAUCUCAACCUCUGCCAAGACCCUGCCCAGACUGGACAACAGGACACUGGGGGAUCGAUUGCCCCACUUUGCCAAAAUAAGGUAGGUUGCUCUCCCCAAAUUCCUACCCCACAGGAACGUCUGUCAGAUCUUCUGGACUUGGCAGCUGAAGACAUUGGGACUUCUGUCCCCUAAUGACCAUGGAGAAACCUGGGACUGCCUGGGUAGCUGGAAAGCUGUCUCCCUUCUUACUUAUCCUUCUCAGAUGUGGUGGCGUUUGAUGACUAGGGUACUUAUAAACUGAUAGAGUGCUGACUACAAACAGUUUUCAGAAGUUCUUAAAUUCCUGUGGAUUUCACUGGUCUCAGCUUUUAGAGACAGGUUAGCAUUAGAGAGAGUAUGGAAGCCUGCAGGGAUAUUCAACUCUGUUCCUCCCUCACUCCUUAGCCUCCCUCCCUCAGGCCUCCUUCACUAACUUACCCACUUCCAUUCAGUAAAUUUCCUCUGGUUGUCCUCUUAAGUAUAGACUUAAAGGUGUGUUUCAUUGGGCUGAAACCAGGCCCUAGGAAAAGUUUUCAUACUUUUUAACCCGAAGCCAUAGCCUUUUGCUAUGAUACCAAGAUAUGAAUCUGUUCCAGUUGUUUUACAGAUACCUGCAGCUUCCUGGGGAAAGACUUGUGCUACUGUAUCAAGAAAUCUGGCCUGGUGGAUCAGUCCCUAGACAGGUCCAUCCCUCCUGCCAGACUUGUGCCAAGGCCAACUCACAGGGAGCCCUCCAGAUAUGCUAGCUCCUGGUUUUGGUUUUUUGUUUUUCGAGACAGGGUUUCUCUGUGUAGCCCUGUCUGUCCUGGAACUCACUCUGUAAACCAGACUGGCCUCAGACUCAGAGAUCCACCUGUCUCUGCCUCCGGAGUGCUGGGAUUCCACCAGGUUUCCCAUCCCCUACCCCCAACUUUUUACCAGGAGUUUGUCUUAGACAACAUAUAGUUUAGGUCUCAUUUUGUGAGCCACCUGACAACUUUUGUCUUUUAAUUGCUGUAUUUAGAUAAUACAGUUUAACAUCCACUUUAAAUUAAUUGUGUUUGCACUUUGCUGCUUUUCUCCUCUUUUUCAGCCUUUUCUGGUUUUAGCUGAACAUUGUAUAUAAUUCUUGUUUCUUUCCUCCUACAGAAUAUCAAAAUUUUACAGCUUAAAUUUUUUUAGUGAUAGCCAUGGUGACCUAGGGCUACAAUCUCGGCAUGGGAGGCAAGAGGCAGAUCAGUUAGAAUUCUAGACUAGCUAGGGUUGCACUGUGAACCCCUGUUUCUACCCUCCCACCACCUCACCCAAGAACAAAGAAGCCAGGCAUGGUGGGAGGCAGAGGCAGGAGCGGGAGGCAGACACCUUUGUGAAUUCAAGACCAGCCUAAUCUACUUAGUGAAUUCUAUGCCAACCAGGGCUACAAAGUGAGACAGUGUCUCAAAAACAAAAACAAGCAUUUGCUUCGGUACCAUAUGUACUAAAACUGGAACAAAACAGAGAAGUUGGGCAUAGCCCUUAAGUAAAGGUUGCUGGGAAUCUCCACUCUGGUCUCACUCCUCCCAUUCCAGACCCUGCCCCUCAGAAAGCCCACCAAGGGCUCCUCCCACAAGGGCUGCUCAAGACCACGCCUACAAGGUAUUUAAGACCUGGUUGCCAGACCUGCUGUGAGAUUACUCUCCUGCCUUUAUUAAAUCCGGUCUUACUAAAUUAAUUUGGUUUGAUUUGGCUUAUUGUAUUGGUAGAGGAUACCCAAUAAUUAGGGAUCCAAUACUUACCAAAGAUGACAAAUUUGCAACAAGUUCCAUAAUUUUUUAAAGUAAUUAUUCUAGAUUUUAAAAAUUUACAAAUAUCCUUUAAAAUUAAUUUUAGCUUGGAAAAAUAAUGAAUUUCAUUAAAACAUUUUCCCUUUACAGUUUUUCCUUAUUAUUUUAAAUUAUAUGCAUAAGACGUAUGUGCACAUGAGUGCUGAUGUCCUUAAAGGCCAGAGACAUGGGAUCCACUGAAACUAGAGUUACAGGCAGUGGUGGCCCACCUUACUUACAUAGGUCCCAGGAAGCCAACUUGGUCCUCUACAAGAGUAGUAUGCUCCCUUAACCACGAUAGCUUGGAACAGUUAUGUAAUAGAUGAAUUGCCAAUAAGAAAAGUAAAGGGAAGUAUUUUAAGGCAUGGCUUCUUGACUAUGUUUGUUUCUUAAUGCACAUUCAGGUUUCUGGUAUACACCAUGUUCCUUUUCCCUGAGGAACUUAGCAUUUAGGUGACACAGGAAGAUAAGAGGGGCUACAUAUAUGUACUUUCCUUCCCUAAGUUAGAUAUGAAGGGACUCUGGCUGGCUUGAGUGUGGGAGCGUGGCUCUGGCAGGCCCCGCCCUUCUCCCCGACUCCCUCUGUCUUGCUAAAAACUGUUAGAGUACAUUCCUAAAGCUAGUCAUCAAGGUCUGUUCCCUUAUUUUACCACUUCCUCCUCCUGAGGCUGACUAACAAGAUCCAGCUAUCAAAGUACUGAAGUCUAGCAAUCAAGAGCCCCCUUUGGCUCACCUAAUUAACAGGCCCAAUCAAAAUGUGCAUCCUACCCCAUUCUAACACAGAGCUCCCCUUUUUUUCUCUUUAAAAAUUACGCCUGCAAGGUCAUUUGUUGCUGUUUUUCUGCCUGAAUCAGAAAGCAGUCACUGUAACUUUUCUUCCCAGAUUAAUAUAAAGAAUCUCUCUGUGAAAACAGGUGUUUGUGUGUGGUUUGUGCCUAAUCCAGGUUCCCAGAGAAAACCCCUGCUGUUCAGGGUUGUGGGAGAGGCUCCAUCAAGAUAAAACUCUGGUAAAGUUUUUGCCCUGUUGUUAUAAAGAAUACUUAAGUAUGUUUUAAAAUGCUCUUUAGUUCUUCCCUUGCAGCAAUAUAGUGUUUCUUACCUUCUCAAAAUGAGAAGCUAAAUUCCUGAAUCUAAAAAAAUACCUAAAAUCCUUAGAAGUUCCUCAGUUUUGUGUCACCCACACUCAGCAUUAAGUAAUUCAAAAUCACCAUUGAUGGUUAAAUAAGAUCGCUCAGUGAAUUAAGAAACUUACAGACAAGCCUAAUGAUAAAAGUUCCACCCCCUGGAUCUACAUGACAGAAGGUGUGAGAGCCA